CGCUGGCCGCGUAGCCAGGUGGGUGACCUCGCCAACUUGGCCCUGCGCAUCCGCCAAGUUCCAGAAGCCACGCCAGUACCGCAGUACGUCACCGAUCGAGGCACCGACAGCCUUGCAGCAGCAGAUUUAAGGCAGCCCGAGACCGGUGAGAAGCUAGAUCGAUCGAGCAUUCUGGUAGGUGGAAGAGGGAUACACGAAGAUGGCCGCGCCGGCGCCGCAGCAGGGGCAGGGGCAGAAGGUGAUGGUCGCGGUGGACGAGAGCGAGUGCAGCCGCCACGCGCUCGAGUGGGCGCUCCGGAACCUAGCGCCCACGCUGGCGCCCCCGCUGCUGCUGCUCACCGUGCAGCCGCUCGCCCCACUCGGAUACGUCUCCGCCGCCUCCUUCGGCGCCCCUCCUCCGGAGCUCAUCAAGUCGAUGCAGGAGCAGCAGAGGGAGCUCACGCAGGCGCUCCUCGACAAGGCCAAGGCCAUCUGCGCGGAGCAUGGGGUUAAUGUAGAGACGGUUGUUGAGGUAGGAGAUCCCAAGGAGAUGAUAUGUGAAGCAGCUGAGAAAAAAAAUGUCGAUCUGCUAGUCCUUGGAAGCCACAGUCGUGGGCCUAUACAAAGGUUGUUUCUUGGGAGCGUUAGUAACUACUGUGUGCAUCAUUGCAAGUGUCCAGUGCUUGUUGUGAAGAACCAAGGGUGAGGAUUCAUGAAUAAAUCAACUUCCCAUGUUGCCCUAAUUAUGUUAGGGUAUUAUCAACAUAUUAUAUACAAUAACGGGCGAUAAUGAUAAUGCAAAUAUUACUUUAGGCAAACACAGAUGGCAAAUAAAGCGACUUGCUCCUGUACAUUGAGUGUGGUGGAUUGAUGCAUGUCUUGCUUCUGCACUAGCACAUGCAUUGCUGUCUCGCAAAAUUGUAAAUAAAUAAGUAUUCCUCCAUUCUAAAUUGCAGCUCAUUUUGUUUUUUUCUAAAUAUAUAGAUUUUGCUUCUACUUAGAUAUAGAUCAUAUCUAGAUACAUAGUAAAAUUUAUAGAUCAUGUCUAGAUACAUAGCAAAAUAUCUAGAAAAGUUGAAACUGCCCAUAAUUUGAAAUGGAGGGAUUACUGAACUUUGUGCG